CCAGCCCGGGGCAAGGGGGCAGCGAGAGUCUGAGGCGGCCUGUGACAUGGCGGCGGCGGCUGGAACAGGAGGGGUCAGCACCCUGCCCACACUCUCUGAUGCCGGCAGCAGCCCCUUCCCGCCCGGAUCCUUCAAGGAACCCAAAAGACUUUACUGUAAAAACGGGGGCUACUUCCUGAGGAUCUUGCCGGAUGGCAGGGUGGACGGAACCCGUGAGAAGAAUGAUGGAAACAUUAAACUACAACUACAGGCAGAAGCUAUUGGAGUAAUAUCAAUCAAGGGAAUCUGUGCGAACCGUUUUCUUGCUAUGAAUGAAGAUGGCAAGUUGUAUGGCUCGAAAUUGCCAACAGAUGAAUGUUUCUUCCAUGAAAGAUUGGAGCCAAAUAACUACAAUACAUAUCGUUCAAAGAAAUAUGAAAGUUGGUAUGUUGCUCUCAAAAGAACUGGACAGUACAAACCCGGACCAAAAACUGGACCAGGACAGAAAGCAAUUCUAUUUCUGCCGAUGUCUGCAAAGUGCUCAUAGUCUUUUCCAGCUGUUCCCAAUUUAUUUAAAAAUGGCAAUUUUGCAAACACAAAACUGACAUGACUGUUUUAUUGCUGUGAAAGGCACCAGUGUACACAGUAUCUUGUCGCCAUGCUCUCAAGUUGUUUUGGCGGUUUUACAAACUGCAGUAAAUCAGCUGUGCAAUAUCACGCUAUACAAAAUGUGAUUUUUAGUAAAAUGUUAUCACAUAUUUGUUUUUUGAAAUCAUGCAGAGUUAAACUCCAAAGUG